UUUGCUUGAAUUAUCUGGCAAGAUGAUCAGCUAUAUUCAUAGUUCAACAGGUAAGCUCACACAUAAACAGAGCCCUAUAAAGGGGAUUAACAACCAUAAUAGGAGAUGACCAAAGCUCUAUAUUUGAUAUCCUUGAUCAUUUACUGCAGAUAGACAUAUCAUUACUCGAAAACCAGCUUGAUGUCAUUUGGCCAAUAAUGUUGAAUCCGGACGAUCAAGCGGAGAGCUCUUGUGCACGAUUUGCAACAUCAGUCCUAAACGUUUACACUGCCUCAAGACAAAUGGACGUAUUUUUGGACGAGCUGCUUGAACAUAUCUGUCGAUUGCAACUAUCAGAUUUAAACAUGUUAAAGAAGCCUUUAUUUAAAAGUGACUUUCUGGAUCUAUUCUCUCAGUCAACAUGCAACAAUUACAUGCCAAUAGAACAGAUUUUAAGCAUAUUCAAUCACUUUUCUCAAAAGCUCAACCAGCAAGCUCAGUCUCCAAAUGUCAACUUCAUAUCGAUUUACUUCUGUAGAUUUAUAUCCUCUCUCAAGCCAAGUACUCAACAGCGCCAAAGAUUUCAAGAACCAUCUCUUGAACUUUUUAAAACAUUUAUCAAGCCUAGUUUGACUCGCAUGAAUACAUUCAUACCAGCCAUACAGGUUCAUUCGGUCUUGACGCGUGUGUUUUGCGAAAACUAUACACAAAAGCUAGAGUCAGCCGACCUUGCUUCGAUUGAAUCAUCUAUCACGUCUACUUUUGAACAAUCCAAAGAAGGCAGCAACAACGAAGCCUGCAUGAGAACAGCGCUCUGUGUAAGUUGCUUUGUUGUUUAGAAUGAAAAAGUCUCACAGCUUUCUGAUUAGUGCAAUGCUCUGCUCCAACACGUUUAUUACCAUACGUUGUUAUUUAAGUCUAGUUCUCAGCGACUUGAUCUAGUGCUCGAUUUUAUAUUUGAUGAAAGCGAUGCAUGGUAUAUACAUGCUACAUGGGACGGGUCUAUUUUGAAUAUUCAUAGUAAAGUGCAAGCAAAAUUGGCUUGCUGGAAGUUACUCACUGAUGACUGGUUUGAGCCCUUAUCUCGAUGUCUGGAUAAAGAUCAAGCCAAGACAUUUAUGCACAUCAUU